CACCAGCAAGGUAAGCAUUAUUGACUGUAAGUUUAUUUAUUAGUGUAAAUGCAGCCGUAAGUUACUUACAUUUUUACGAAAUCAACUUACAAGUGUAAAGGUGGCCUUAACGUGGAAUCUUACCGCCUUAUAAUACCGGCCAGUCUAUACGUAAAUCGUAAAUACAUCGUAAAUAACAAGACAGCUGCAACUGUUGCCAUAGCAACUCGACGUAACAAACAAAAUACAAUAACCUCAAUCAAACUCAAUACACGGGAUAUUUUACUUGCCGGUAAAGUGGUUAAAAUGUCCAAUUUGAGCGGUUACGACGGCGAUGCGGUCGGUUUCGACUCCGUGAGCCAAUCGAAAAGACCCGAAACCACAAGUUCGACUCAAACUAGCGAAUAUGGAGAGUGCGGUGUUGGUUCUCAAACCAACUUCACGAAAAGCUGCGGCUCAACAGCCACCCCUGAGGAACUCCAUGCUGAAGAUGACAUUCUGAAGGAGUACCCUCCUCCUGGACUGAACGCAUUCCUCAGAAGAGUCGUGCCAGGCAUGUUGGAACAGUUGGAUCAAAACGACACAGAAAACUACGUAUCUUCAGAUUCCGACGAAGAGGAAUUGGUGACAGCCAAGCUGUUACAAGAGAUCCAAGUUAAUGAAAACACACCAGGCUUAGGGAGCGGCGACCAUAAAACUGCGACUAUCCUGUCUUUAUCCUGGAGCAGCGCUGGCAACAACUUGGCCGUUUCCCUUGGACAAACGCAGCACGAAAUAUGGUGUGAUCACGAAGGCUUGAUCAGGGUUUAUACUGUGAAACGCACAGCUGGCGAUAAGCUGGUGAAGUACAUGGACAUUACUGAGAAGAAUUGUGUCACCAUCGUGAAGUAUCACCCUUCCGUUGCCGCGUUGCUGGCGUACGCGACGAAUUCUGGCGAAGUGGUAUUGUGCAAUCUCAGGGAUUCGUUCAGUCAAACUGAAGGCAUGCAGUUGACUUCUCCGGCGGGAUGUCACGGGUCCCGGCCGGUUACAGCGCUCCAUUGGGCGGACGCAGCGCUUGCUAACCGCUUUCUGACAAUGCAAAUCCAAAACACUGGCAAAAGACGCGGUGCGGCCGACCAAAUUCUGAUAUCGGCCGGAUCCGAUGGAACCAUCAAUGUUUGGCAAGUGAAUUCCACCUCAAAAGUGUUCGAGAGCGUGAUCUGCUACGUGAUAAACGGUUCUAAGAAGUUAGCAGCUCCCGAUAUAAGUUGCUUCGAUUUUAUUAAGAGUUGCCCUUUGAAACCUUUUGAUGAGAAGGUGGCUGAUGAUAUUUUCGUGGUUGGCACGAGAACUGGGAGUUUGUUUCUGUGUCGCGUGAAGAAUGCACAGCAAAUAGUAGAUUCCAAGAUGGCGGACCCGGUGUUUGACGUUUUGGAUAGUCAUGGCACUUGCGUGCUGGACAUCGUGUUCAGUUUCCAGAGGCCCGGGAUAUUCGCUUCCGUGUCUAUGGAUUCUGAGUUGCGCGUCUAUGAUAUCAACCAGCCCAGUCCUUUGAAGGUAAUCUGCCUGGACAUUAUUGUAUCGUGCAUGUCGUGGGUGCCGCAGUCGCCGAGCGUGCUAGUGCUGGGCGUUUGCGGCGCGGCGCCGGUGCGGGUACGGCUGUACGACGCGGCAGCCGCGCGGUUACUGCCCGUCGACGGGCUUGAGGCGGCUGGGACGGUUACAGCGCUCGCGGUUAACCAGAGCGGAUCGUGCCGUAUCGCGGCGGGGGACAGUGCGAGCUUGCUGCGUGUCUGGGAGUUGCCGUCCCGCCGCCUGCGCCUCUCAGCCGACGCGUUGAACUUCUAAUCGCAUAACCCGCCAGUGUUUGUUAAGUUAAAUGUUGUUUUAAUUAAUAAAGACACUUGUUAAUUUUUACACCUA